UUAAAGAUGGAUCUAUACAUGAAAUAUCUGGAGGCUGAAACAGCAGCUUUCUUCAAAGGAGAUAUCAAUGCUGUUGAAAGAGCCAUGCAAGAAAUUCAACAAGCUAAGGAAGAAGAGAAUACGCUCAGCGAUCUCCAACAGGAAGAGAUUAACAUUAUGAUAGCAGCUUUGGAAUUGCUGAAUAAUGCUAUGUUUGAGAAGCCAAUUAAUUAUGCCAAGGUAGACCAAGAUUUCAGGAAGUAUGUCCUUGAAGAAUCUAGCCAAGAAGAAAGCAAAGAUACAUUAAAAGAGGUUUAUCCAGGCAUAAUGGCUAGUUAUUACUUCCAAGCUGCAGCUUUUAUGUCACAAAAGGAAUGCGAGACUCAGCUUCAGAAUGUUUGACUAAAGUUAUACCAGCUUGUGAAGGACAAAUCUAAUUUUGAAAAUGAACAGUUAGAGAAAGAAGGUCAAGAUUUCAAUCUUGAGCAGCUUUGUUGGAGAUAUAUUAUCUUACUCCCAUGCUUUGAAGAUGAGAUAUUCAUCAAAGAAUGCAAAUUUGAGGAAAAUCUAGAACAGAUUAUUGAAACUCAUAAUCUUUCAGAAGACCAACUUGUGAAAGAUUCAUAUAACAUAACACUAUACAUAAGACAUGAUAGCGGGAAGGACACAUUGGACUUGGAGAAAAGAAAAGAAAUCUUUAAUAAUGCAGUCAAGGAAAUUGAGAGAAACCCCUCAUUUUUAUCACUAAAGUCCAUAUACCCAGUGAUACUGACUAAUUUCGUGUUUUUGAAAGAAAAUGAGGUACUAGAGAACAUAAGCUGGCUCACGAGAUUAUAUGAGGAUUUCAAAGGCAAUCCUGAUGACGAGCAUUACUCAAUCGAGAGGAAUAAUAACCUGGAUAUUCUCAUAGAGACGUUAAAAGUCAUUAGCAAGAGUAACCAGAGCAAUCAUGAAAUGUGGAAAAUCUAUAAAGAAAUCUGUGUCAAAAUCCAGAGCAAGAUAGGAAUGGAAGAUGACUAUCUCAAUGAUAGCCUGGUCACAAAUUUAAACUCUUUAGCCUUACUCAAACUGACUGAGGUGAGCCAGGACGAUAUUUAUGAGCUGUAUCUAAAAUAUGCCAAGUUCUUUAAGCUUAAAACUGAGGAGGACAAGAUCAGACUUAAGUAUCUGAAACCAUCAUUUGUGUCCAAACUUAUACAGAUCUUUAAGGCAAUCAAUAUUAGGUUUAAUGAGAAGUUGAUUGAGAACUACCUCAAGGUCAAGAGAGAAGUAGGAGAAAAGUCUUAUGACUUUAUCAGGAUGGGACAGGUCCAGAACCUGAAGUACCUUUCUCUCAAAGACAGAGAGGAUAUCCUCAAACUGGUUGAGGAAUAUGGCUUCUCCAAGGAUAGUUUUACUUGCAAAAAUGUUAUUCAUAACUUCAUCAGAGAGGGAAUCAAUAGUACAGACUUGGUUUUCAAGAGUAAAGCUUCCAUUUUAUUGAAGGAAAGACUUGCUUAUAUUAGGCCAAGGAAGAAAAAUGGAGUGAACCAUAUUGAGCUGACCAAUCUGUACCAGAUGUUGCUGGCAAAAGCAAAGGUGGAUAUGGACACUCAGACCUAUAAGGAGUUAUCAAUGGAUACUAUUAAUCUCUUGAUCACCUCGUAUCCUCAAAAUCCAGAUAUCUUGACAACAUUCCAAUCCUUAGCCCAGAUCUACCUAGCAGAGAAAGAUAAAGAUAAAUUCCUUGAAAUAGGAAGAGAAUGCUACAAUUAUUGCAAGAAGUAUAUUGAGCCACACUUACAAGAGUACACAGUUGGGGUCCUGACAUACUCUCAGGCACUUUUUGAGAAUAAGGAUUACAAGAAAGCUUCUGAAAUCCUGCUUGAAAUCCAGUUUAACAAGAGGAAUGCAUCUGAGGAGCAUAACUACAACACAUUACUGCUGAAAACUCUGUGUUUCGUAGAUAUAGCCAAAGCUGAUGACAUCAAAGAGGCCAAUAAGGCCAGAAUCAUGGAAGCUUAUGAUGGAAAAAUCAAUUUUGAGGUAGUCGAUUUCAUAGAGAAUUAUGGCACAAAUCUUCACAAUGCUGGUCAAUUAGAGAAGGCUCUUGACCAAUACGAAGAAGCCAAGCAGUUGCAGAAGAAGUAUAAAGGCGAAGCAUCGGUUAAAUACAAAGAGAUUGAAUGAAAUAUUAAGAGAUUAAAGGUUAUUAAGGAAGUGAAGGAAAACCAAGCAAGCAAGCAGAAGCAGAAGAAAAUCAUCCUUACUGGAUUUGUACUCGCGUUAACCGCAAUAGGAGGGUACCUGAUUUAUAAGAAGAAGAAAGAUGAGUAACUUUAAAGUUCAAUUUGGGAA